AUGGUAGAUUAUCACGCUGCCAAUAACCAAUCCUCGGCAGGCGGGGUGCAGACCUACAUGGAGCAGGAGAAUGACUGGGACCGGGACCUGCUGCUGGACCCGGCCUGGGAGAAACAGCAGAGGAAGACAUUCACGGCAUGGUGUAACUCCCACCUGCGGAAGGCCGGCACGCAGAUAGAAAACAUCGAGGAGGACUUCAGGGAUGGGCUCAAACUCAUGCUGCUGCUGGAGGUCAUCUCAGGCGAAAGGUUACCCAAGCCUGAGCGAGGUAAGAUGAGGGUCCACAAGAUCAACAAUGUGAACAAAGCCCUGGACUUCAUCGCCAGCAAAGGAGUGAAACUGGUCUCUAUUGGAGCAGAGGAAAUUGUUGAUGGAAACGCCAAGAUGACUCUGGGAAUGAUCUGGACCAUCAUCCUCCGCUUCGCCAUCCAGGACAUCUCUGUAGAAGAGACCUCUGCGAAAGAGGGUCUUCUCUUGUGGUGCCAGAGGAAGACCGCUCCCUACAAGAAUGUCAAUGUGCAGAACUUCCACAUUAGCUGGAAGGAUGGUCUCGCCUUCAACGCUCUGAUCCACAGACACAGGCCUGAUCUCAUCGAUUACGACAGCCUCAGAAAGGAUGACCCAGUGACCAAUCUGAACAACGCCUUCGAGGUGGCUGAGAAGCACCUGGACAUUCCUAAGAUGUUGGAUGCAGAAGACAUUGUGAACACUGCUCGUCCAGAUGAGAAAGCCAUAAUGACUUAUGUGUCCAGUUUCUACCAUGCCUUCUCUGGAGCACAGAAGGCUGAGACAGCCGCAAACCGUAUCUGCAAAGUGCUGGCUGUUAACCAGGAGAAUGAGCAGAUGAUGGAGGACUACGAGAAACUGGCCAGUGACCUGCUGGAGUGGAUCCGUCGGACCAUCCCCUGGCUGGAGAACCGGACCCAAGAGAAAACUGUAAACGACAUGCAAGCGAAACAGGAGGACUUCCGAGACUACCGCUGUGUCCACAAACCACCAAAGGUCCAAGAGAAAUGUCAGCUGGAGAUCAGCUUCAACACUCUGCAGACUAAACUGAGACUCAGCAACAGACCUGCCUUCAUGCCCUCAGAAGGACGCAUGGUGUCUGAUAUCAACGGAGCAUGGCACACUCUGGAAGGAGCAGAAAAAGGCUAUGAGGAGUGGAUUCUCAGUGAGAUCAGACGUCUGGAGAGACUGGAGCACCUGGCAGAGAAGUUCCACCAGAAGGCUGCCAUCCAUGAAUCCUGGACUGAUGGUAAGGAGGCCAUGCUGACCCAGAAAGACUACGAGACUUCCACCCUGUCAGAGGUCAAGGCGUUGCUACGGAAACACGAGGCAUUUGAGAGCGACCUGGCAGCACAUCAGGACAGAGUAGAGCAGAUUGCCGCCAUCGCACAGGAGCUCAACGAGCUGGACUAUUACGACUCUGCCAGUGUCAACGCUCGCUGUCAGAAGAUCUGCGAUCAGUGGGACGUCCUGGGAGCCCUCACCCAGAGCCGCAAAGAGUCACUGGAGAGGACAGAGAAGCAGCUGGAGUCGAUAGAUGAGCUUUACCUGGAGUACGCCAAGAGAGCGGCGCCCUUCAACAACUGGAUGGAGGGAGCUAUGGAGGACCUGCAGGACAUGUUCAUUGUCCACAAUAUUGAAGAGAUUCAGGGUCUGAUCACAGCCCAUGAGCAGUUCAAGUCCACCCUGUCAGAGGCCAACAAGGAACGAGAGGCCAUCCAGUCCAUCCAGGCCGAGGUGCAGAAGAUCGCCCAGAGCAACGGCAUCAAGCUGAGUGGAGCAAACCCCUACACCACCAUCACACCUGAGAGCAUCGACAGCAAAUGGGAAAAGGCAAUGGCGAUGGUGCCACUGCGUGACAACGCCCUGCAGGAGGAGCUGAACAAGCAGAACUCCAACGACACUCUGAGAGCCAAGUUUGCCACUCAGGCCAACGCGGUCGGUGCCUACAUACAGGACAAAAUGGAGGAAAUUGGCAGGAUAUCCAUUGAAAUGAACGGCACUCUGGAGGACCAGCUGACCAACCUGAAGGAGUACCAGACGAACAUCAUGUCCUACAUGCCUGAGAUCAACAAGCUGGAGGGAUUCCACCAGCUCAUCCAGGAGGCCCUCAUCUUCGACAACCAGUACACUUCCUACACAAUGGAGCACCUCCGUGUGGGCUGGGAGCAGCUGCUGACCACUAUCGCCAGGACCAUCAAUGAGGUCGAGAACCAGAUCCUGACGCGUGACGCCAAGGGCAUCAGCCAGGAGCAGCUCUACGAGUACCGUGCCUCCUUCAACCACUUUGACAAGGACCACAGUGGGGCCCUGAUGGCCGAGGAGUUCAAGGCCUGUUUGAUCAGUCUGGGCUACGAUGUGGAGAACGACAAGCAGGGCGACAGCGAGUUCGCUCGCAUCAUGGGCAUAGUGGACCCCAACGGCAGCGGCGCCGUCACCUUCCAGGCCUUCAUUGACUUCAUGUCCACGGAAACGACCGACACGGACACCGCAGACCAGGUCAUCGCCUCCUUCAAGAUCCUGGCUGCUGAUAAGAACUACAUCACAGCUGAGGAGCUGAGGAGGGAGCUCCCCCCCGACCAGGCGGAGUACUGUAUCGCCCGCAUGGCGCCCUACGCAGGGCCUGAUGCCGUACCCGGAGCCCUCGACUACAUGUCCUUCUCCACCGCCCUGUAUGGAGAGAGCGACCUGUAGAGGAGGCAAGAGGAAGAGGAGGGCUGGACAGAUCAGGGGUUGAGGGGAGGGGGGAGGGAGGGGAGAAAGAGGGGAAAGAAGGUAGAGUUCUUCUGCGCGUAGGGGAGGCACCAGGAAUCGAACGUUUGGAGGAAUUGGAGUGGUGGUUGUGAGGUGCCCCUGUGUGUGCCGGUUUAGAAAUCAUCAGAUUUUUUUAAGACUCUGAGCUUGUUGAUUGAACUGUAGUUAGGUUUGGCCUCCGCCGAAUGUUUUCCAGCUCCAUUAUGUCGUAAACAGAUUGAGAGUAAUCAAGGUUAAUUUUUCAUUAAAGUUUUAUAUGAACAGGCAUAUCCAGGGGCAGCUGUGGGACAGGGGGACAGCUGCUCUGUGGUGCGGGUCCAUAGCUUCACCCUCUCUGCCUUUUGUUGGGUCAAAUAGGGGAUGAACAGGGGAUAGGACAUGGGGGGGGACACAAGCUAAUCUGAUACUUAUGCUAAUUUUUGUUUAUUUUAUUAUAAUUUUUUUCUUCUUGCCAGGGGGGUUCAGGGUGUCAGGCGGGGAGCGGGCCGGUGUGGGGUUUGACGUGGUGACUGGCGAGGUUUGUGUAUUAGAUCCUAGAGAGAUAUAUGCUGUGGGGGUCAGGGGGAGGGGGGAGGGAGGGGAGAUAAAAUUACAUAUUUACCCAUAAUUCCCGUGUUGCUGGAUAAGGUGACCUGUUUAACCUCAGCUCUUUCCUCCUACUGUCUUUGUUUAUUUGGUUUUUUUUUUGUUUUGUUUUGUUUUCUGGAGCAGGUGGGUGGUGGGGUGGGGACGGUGGUUGGUGCAGGUGGGAGGGCGGGGCUCAGCGCUGUACAUACUUAUUUUUUCAGUGCAAAGAAUGACACACAGUCCCAGUUGUUGAGAAUAAUUGAUCAGAGGCUUUCCAGUAGUGCAAAGCAGAAUGAUGUUUAUUAAAAAAAAAAUAAAACAAAAUAAAAUGACAAAACAGAAGAAUUGAAAAGCCAAUGAUAGCGACACAGAGAGCAGUUUCACCAGUGGAUAGGUUUGAGCUACCGGAAGUCUUAAGGUUUUUUUUUUUCUUUUAGCAAUGGAAAAUAUUCAUGGAAGAAGUUAGUAACCAUGAAGUUGAGGCUGCAUAAAGGCCUGUAUAAAUCCCAUGACGGGCAACACCAUAAUUAUCCACAAAUAUUUGCUUCUGUGAAACUAUUCUCCUGGGUGGGCAUCAGGUGCUUAUUUAAAUAAGAAACUAUACAUUUAUACGAUAGAUAAGACUGUAGUAGUCGAUGUUAGUCCACUUUUAUAUACCAGAAAUCGUACACACAUACAGAAAUAUAUACACGUCAUGUCAUGGAUGCAUUUGAUUGACUGAAUGAAGGUUCUUCCUGGAUCUUUUUUUUCUUUUUUCUUUUUUUUGGUUACUAUGGUAAUGGCACUGUGGAGCACUCCCAAUUUGACUUUUGGAAAAUGGUAGAAGUAAUGGGAAAAAAAAAUUAGCAUACAAAAAAAAAUGUGCCUGUUGGUGGGUACAGCCCUGUCCCUCUUUCUCUCUUACUCUCUCCCUACCUCACUCUCCCACUUCCUGCUCCCUCUCUCCCCCAUCCCUCCAUCCCCUCAUUUGUCUCUGAAGAGAAGGGAAAGAAAAUUUACUGCAAGAAAGGAGGGAGGGUAAGGAUCAAGGAGGGGUCUUUAUGUAAACAUUCCAUUAUGUGCAAAUAAAAAAUAUAGGAAAAAAAAACGGAAAUUGUUAUGUAAAAAAAAAAAAAAACUAUGCAAUCAUAAUGUGAUGAAUAUCUGAGUUCUGGGGAAAGAUGGUGGGAUUUGAUCAGGCCCUUUCUGCGAAAGUUCCCUGUCUAAAUUAAACAGAGGAGAGCAGAUUUCUCCAUGUUUGUUGGCUGUCAGGGGGAGAGGAGGGGGAGACAGAGGGAGGGACAAACAGGGAAGGAACUGAGAAGAAAAGACUUGGACCAAAAGCUUGUUUCUUUUUAAUUUCUCUUUUUUUCCCUGCGAGGUUGGAGAGAAAUGAACUCUGGAAUUGUGAUUUUCCUUUUUUUUGUACUCUUUAAUAUCAAACCUUAUCUGCUGUACUGGAAACUGCAACGCCUUCUGUCUCUAAUGAUAAGUGAGUUUCACAAAGCACACAUAAAAGUUUCCUUACAAAAUA